AUGGCUCAAACCCUCACUAGCAUCAAGGACUUUCUGGCCACCUGCAGCCGGGAUGACGUCGAGAGCGUCACCGUCAAGUACUCGGCUAACGACACCAAAUUCAAGAUCCGAUGCCCUCGAAUGCUCUAUACUCUGACCGUUGAUGAUCGGACCAAGGCCGACAAGAUUGUCCAGUCCCUGCCUUCUUCUAUCAAGAUCAUCAAGAUCGGUAAGUAA